AGAUGGCGACCUACCUGAGGAAGCCGGUCGAUUUUCUGAAGAUUUUUGCAAUUUAUUUUAUUUUCCUGUGUUGUUCAUGUUAUGGCAGUGUUGACGACAGCUUUACUGAAGAACUUUACAUCAAAUCUUUAGAAAGAGGACAUGUAUUAAACCAUUUUCAGUUUACAACUCUGUGGAAUUCUUCAAUCUCUGAUGAAAAUACAUUUAAGAACUACAGAUAUUUCCCAAAAGCUCUUGGCGAUGUCUUGGCAACAUACAAAGUCCAGGAGCUGCACCUGUCGCAGAGUCAGGGUCAAUGGGACUAUGAACAUUGGGGCUACCAGCCAGAGGAUGCUCCACCAGGUGUGGAACUGUGGGUCUGGUUUCAGCCACAGGCCAGCAACUUGGACCAGGUCUGGGCUGAACUGGUAAAUGCACUGUCUGGUCUGUUUUGUGCCUCCUUAAACUUUAUGGACUCGAAGGCGACAGUAUCCCCUCGCUGGAGCUUCCGACCUAUGGGUCUGGCUUCAGAGUACUACAGCUUUGACUCAAGGCUGAUGAGAUACUCAGCGUUACCCAGGGAGAUCGUUUGCACCGAGAACUUGACUCCGUGGGAAAAACUCCUUCCAUGUGAAACACAGGCCGGUCUAGCCAGCCUCUUCAAUGGCGUGAAGAUGUACGACUCCAGUUUCCAUUCCCUUGGUCUCCAUGUUAGACCCGUAUGCCAGGAUGGAGACUGUACAAAGGAAGGGAUCGAAUUGAAGCAGACACUAUCAGUUGUGUUUAACCCUGUAAAUAAUAAUAGGGGAAAUAUCCAAGAUCACCAAAAUUGGAGUCUUAAGUCAAUGUUUGAUCGAAGUCUUCACAAGACGUGCCCGGUGGCAAAAUUCAGCAAACUAUACGUAGAUUCAACUCUGCAUCCUAGACCAAAAAUGUUACUUACUCCGGAGCCAGAUGAGGUGUUGAACACCAGACGAGGGGGUGAUAAGCGUGUGUACGCAGUGUACGACCUCAGACAACACACAAGAGACAGCGUACCAUUCAACCUACAGGCAUCUUACAACUCCAGGGUUCAGUAUCAGGAUGUUACUCCACCCCCUCUGUAUGCACAGAGAUUUGUGACAGGUUACGGCCUGGAGAAGGGUGGAAUCUCGUGUAUCUUGUAUAACAAUCUCGACACAAACCUCACAGUCAUCUACAUGGAGACCAUCCCAUGGUACCUUCGGGUCUACUUCAGCUCUGUACAUAUUGAGGCAUAUGGAGUUACAAUCAAACCUUACAAGACACAGUUUAAUCCCGGGAAGGACAGAAAGCUUCCUCAUCAGCUUGAAGUUGUUUUCCGGCUCCGCCCCCUUUCUGUCACCAAGAUCAGCUUUGAGUUUGAUCGAGCAUUCCUGAAAUGGACAGAGUACCCACCGGAUGCAAAUCACGGGUUUUACGUGAACUCUGCGGUCAUCUCCACCAUGCUGCCCUCUGGUCAGCAGUACACGGCAGUUCCACAAAAUGGGUCUACUUUCAGUGAUAGCCUAAAAGACGAAACAAUCCAGUUCUUUUUACGUCUACAUACAGAGAGCUUACUGGUCUCCUUGCCGACCCCAGACUUCAGUAUGCCGUAUAAUGUGAUCUGUCUGGCGUGUACUGUCGUCGCCAUCGCAUUCGGAUCGCUUCAUAAUCUCACCACACGGAGCUUUAGGGCAGUGGAUCCAUCAAAAAUGAAGAAGGGCCUGAUUGACAAACUAAAGAACCUUUUGAAAUGGAAGAAAGCUGAAGAAGUGAAGGAUAAUGAAGAAAAGGAUGAAAAAAAGGAUACAGAGGAUGAUACUGAUAGUCCAAAUGUGGGUGAAAAUACAGGAACAGCAGCAAGAAAAAGGGCUAAAGCCCCGAGUGACAGUUCUGAGGAGAAGUCUUGAUAGCAGCACUGGGAGUGUAGCAUUUGUGUACGCAGAUCAAAUCUGAUUCCAUUCUAAGAAAUCUCUUGCUCAUAUUUGUCCAUUUUCACACCAAAGAACGUUUUAUGACUGUGCCUGAAUGCAUUGAAGGAUAAUUUUUAUGAUGCUCAGAAAUUGUCUAACCUAAACCAGUGUUUAGUUUUUGUUACACUUUAAACAUAAAUAUUAAAGAUGAAAUAUGAAAUGUGAAAUUGUUGAGUGUCAGAACUUCGGAUUGCAUCAUUGCUUCAUCCUCUGUUUAUGUUCAAAACAUUGUUGAAAUCCAAAAUUAUGACAUUCAAGUAUUUCAGAAAAUGAAUGUCCGAGAGUAUUAUAAUAAAUGCUGUGUUUUAGGGCAUUUUCAUUGUUGGACUUGUAAAGCAAAAAUGCUUGAAAUUUUGAAACAUUUAACAAGUCAUCGCAUCACGCUCAUUUAUUCCAUAUACUGGAAAAUGUUGGUUCAAUAGAAACAGACACAACUACUACAUCAGCCUAAACAAUGACUCCAUGAUGAUAAAAGAUAACAAUGAAAUGUAAAUUGUCUUAAUAUUUUCAGCAUCUCCUAAAGACGGUGGAAAGGCCCUGGUAUUUGAAAACAGGUGAUCUAUAAUGAUCAUUGUGUUAAGACUUGUAUCAGCAUUUCUUUGAAUGAGAAAGCAAUGUAGAGAUUAAUAGAAAAUAUUUAUUAUAUAGAAGUUAUUGUACUAUGUUGACGUUUUGAAAGAUUUGAACAUUCUGAUUAGUUUAGUCAAGAGUGGAUAGUAGUGGAUUGUUUUAUUGUAUUGUUGAGAACAGUGCUCAAACCUGUUGUAAUAUUGUAGUGCUCUCUGUCUCUCUGUGACCACACAUACCAUUACACCCAUUGUGUUACUCAUGUAAUAUUGUAGUGCUCUCUGUGACCACACAUACCAUGAGACCCAUUGUGUUACUCAUGUAAUAUUGUAGUGCUCUCUGUGACCACACAUACCAUUACAUCCAUUGUGUUACUCCUGUAUUAGUUUCAGAUGUAUUUUUCCACUUUGAACAAAUUUAUAUGAAACUAGAAAAAAUAAAAAUCACAUUCCACAUUGUGCAUAGACAAAUAUUCAGUUUGCUGAUUGAGUUCACUUUUAUUUCUGUGUUGCGUGGUAAUAGCAGCGUCUGAUGGACCUGUGGCAGAGUCACUUGAGAAAUUCCAUCCUAUCAUGACAGAACUUGGUGACAGUGUUUGUGGUAUCAAUUUCAACCAUAAGAUAAAUCACUUUUGAAUAGUAACUCCAGUGUGCCCCUUUUUCAUAAAAAAAAUAGGUUUACAGACAAUUAACAUCAUGAUAAAGCUCGGUAACAAUGUUUAUGGUCAAGUUCCAUUGUAAGAUGAAUUGCCCAAGUAAUAUCAGAGUAAGGCUCGAUUACAAUAUACAACUUAUUUUUAUACCCUUGACAGUAUAUUGGAGUCAUCCUGUGAUCUUCGGUUGAACCAUUGCAAUUUUUCUUGUCUGGAACAUAACUUCAAAUCUACUAGAUGGAAUGUAAUUAAAGUUCAUACAAUGAUAGAAAAUAAUGUCAGAGAGGAAAUGCAGUGUACAGGAACCAUAAACUAUUAUUACAAAAUACAAAGCAAUUUUAUUCCCCUUAAUUGUUCUUGUUUUUUUUGUCAAUCUUUUGUUAAUAAAUUGAAAACUGCU